AGCCGACUUUUAACCAUCUCUAGGGGUUUGAGGUUUUACUACAAAAACCAAGCCCCAACCACCACCUCUGCCUCCUCUCACUCACUCCCUCUCUCUCUCUCAAAAAUCUUAAUAGACAGUUGUGUUGUUUUUCUGGUCUUAUGUUUCUCUUUCCAACUUGUCCAGAACAAAAACAAUACUCAACUAUAUUACAACUAAAAAACCAGUAUGCAUAGUAUUAGUAUUCUUAUUCUCUUUCUCUCUGUGUCUUUGAGCGUUUUUACAAACAGAGCUUUUGAUCUGGAAUCAGAUAGAGCAGCUCUGGUUUCUCUCCGUAACGCCGUUAAAGGACGCUUACGGCUAUGGAAUAUCUCAGCCUCUCCAUGUUUAUGGAACGGUGUUACCUGCACACAGAACAGGGUUACAGAGCUUCGGCUUCCUGGGAUGGGCUUAGUGGGCCAAUUGCCAAUAGGAAUCGGAAACUUGACCCAACUGAUCACUCUGUCUCUCCGUUUCAACGCACUCUCUGGGCCUAUACCCCCUGACUUUGCAAACCUUGCUCUGCUUCACAACCUUUACUUGCAAAAGAAUUCCCUUACUGGUGAAAUUCCGGGGUUUUUGUAUGAUAUGCAGAGUCUUGUGCGUUUAAAUCUUGCUGAUAAUAACUUUUCAGGGGAGAUAUCGGAUAGGAUUAACAAUUUGACGAGGUUGGGUACUCUGCUUUUGGAGAGGAAUGCUUUUUCUGGGGGAAUUCCUCAUAUCAAUAUCUCGAGUUUGACUCAGUUUAAUGUUUCUUUCAAUCGGUUAAAUGGGUCGGUGCCGGAAAGGCUUUCGGGAUUGCCCACGAGUGCUUUUGAAGGUAAUUCGCUUUGUGGGAAGCCAUUGGAGGCUUGUAGUGGGAGUGGGAGUGGGAACAAGCUGUCUGGUGCUGCAAUUGCUGGGAUUGUGAUCGGGUCGUUUAUUGUGUUUGUGAUCGUCAUGGUGCUUUUGAUUGUUCUCUGUCAGAAGAGAAAGAGUAAUGGGAAAGAUUUUGUGCCGGCGAGGGGUAGGGAUGUUGAGAUUCCGAGAGAGAAAAUAGUGGUGGAAGAGAGUGAGAGUAGGAGUACUAUGUCUGCGAGUGCUAGUGCGAGGAGUAGUAAGAGUUUAGUGUUCUUUGGGAAUGUGGCGAAGACUUUUGAUUUGGAGGACUUGUUGAAGGCAUCGGCGGAGGUGUUAGGAAAGGGGACUUUUGGGACUGCGUAUAAGGCCACUUUGGAAAUGGGAAUGGCUGUGGUGGUGAAGAGGUUGAAGGAUGUGAAAGUUUCGGAGAAUGAAUUCAGGGAAAGGAUUGAUGAGAUUGGAAGGAUGGUUCAUGUCAAUUUGGUUACAUUGAGGGGUUAUUAUUACAAUAGAGAUGAGAAGCUUCUUGUUUAUGAUUACGUGCCCUUGGGAAGCUUAUCUGCACUCUUACAUGGACAAAGAGGGUCUAAUAGGACUCCAUUGAAUUGGGAAACCAGGUCUGGCAUUGCUCUUGGAGCUGCCCGUGCAAUCACAUUCAUACAUUCAUAUGGCUCCACAAUCUCCCAUGGUAACAUCAAGUCAUCAAAUAUCCUCCUCACCGUAUCGUAUGAAGCUCGGGUCUCUGACUUUGGCCUCGCACGUCUUGCGCUUCCCACCUCUACCCCCUACCGCAUUGAUGGUUAUCGUGCCCCAGAAGUCACAGAUCCUUCAAAAGUAUCUCAAAAAGCAGAUGUCUAUAGCUUCGGUGUACUGCUAUUGGAGCUGCUUACAGGGAAGCCUCCCACUCAUACCUUGCUGAAUGAGGAGGGUGUGGACCUCCCAAGAUGGGUCCAAUCUGUUGUUCAAGAGGAGUGGACUUCUGAGGUUUUUGACGCCGAGCUUCUUAGGUACCAGAAUGUUGAGGAUGAAAUGGUUCAACUCUUACAGAUAGCUCUUGAAUGUACUGCUCCGUACCCCGAUAAGCGUCCUUCAAUAGCUGAGGUGACAAACCAAAUUGAGGAUCUCUGUAGUUUUAGAUCACAGCAAAUGCAAGAAACCAGUCCUGAAUUGUUUUAUGAUGAAGAUGAAGGGUUCUCACAGCAGUUCCACUCUGCAAAUUCAGGGGCACCGGCAUCUUCAGUAUAGAAGUCUUCCAUUAUUGCACUAUAUUCUCAAUUGUUUGUUUAUUCAUGGGUUGUCUUUCUGAAGAAAUCAACUCUUCAAGCUCCCUUGUCUUCCUUUUUCUUUUAUCCUUUGGCCUUUGCCAAUUUUCAUUGUAGGCUUUUCUUCCUCCUCUUUAGUUUACUUAUAUACAGUAUUUUAUAACAAGGGGGAAUUUCAAUGUCAUUAUUUUAUUUGGUUGGGUCCAUAUUGUCAAUGAGAGUUGCACUGCUCUAGUUGGGUAGAUUACUAUUGUAAUCCCCCACUCUCUCUAGCUUUGAUGCUAAUUUGGUUUGUUGGUUUUACUUAUUUUAUUUGGCAUCCUGUUCCCAGUCAAUAUUCAGUAAGGCUGGUCUCAGACUUGAGAUUUUAUCAUGUGAUGUGCAAUUAGCAAUGUCGUACAAGUAUUACAAGGGA